AGAUGUAUUACGAUAUAUACCCCAGUGUAUAUACGAUCAUGAACAUAUGAAUGUAUAACCUCAAAAUUCAAGCCGAUUUUAACAAGGGUUUAUUUCUGUGGAGUUAUCACCGGCCGCAAAAUGAGUCUGCUAAUACCAAAUAAUAUCAAAACAUUAUGUGUAAGAAACAUUGGCAUAGCCCGAGGACGAAAACCUUUCGUUUAUGAAGGCGGCAUAAAAUACCCAGGCUUUACCUACUAUCCCAGAUAUCCAGAUUUCAAGGAUCCACCUUAUGAACCAACUAAAUUAUUCCAAGUUCAAAGAAUAAAACCUAUCAAAGGUACUCCCUACUGGGAGAGAAAUAUCUUAAAACAAUACAAUUUAAUGGGAAAGUCUAGUGAUAUUGCCAUUGUAAAAAACAUCCCAGAAGACAAUGCGCGUCUAUGGCGCAUCAAACACUUGAUUAAAAUCACACCAAUCACCUUCCCAAAUGGAUUCCCAAAAGAUUGCAGAGGUACAUAUUUAAAAGAAAAUGGAGAACUUAUUGUUGCACAAAAACAGAUGGCUUUAACACAACUACAAGCUACUGAAGCUUUCCAAAAAGAUCCUAAAAAACUUGAUGGAGAUACCCUAAGAAGACAAUCCAGGAAAAAGUGGCUUAGUGGAUGGUAAAUAAAAAAUAAAAAAGUAAUUUGCAAUAGUUAUAAGUGACUAUUGUAAAAAUGUACACAAUUAAAGUAGAUAUUAUCAUA